AUGACAACCCCCUCCAUAAACCCAGACGACACCCUAGGUGAAAUCCUCUCAGCCCUCACAAAGAUCCAACUCGACAACUCCCAACUCGCCAACUCAGUCGAGAACAUCAAGGGGCGCGUUGCUCUGCUGGCAUCCUCAUCUCACCGCAACAACUUCGCCGUUGCGGAUGAUGAUACAGAUGCGGAUGUUGAUGCAAUAACAGCGAAAGUCGAUGGUGGCCAAGCAAUAUCUAGUAGCGCCUCCGUUGCUAUUGGGAAUGCAGUGGAGGUGGAACAGGGGUCUACUACAGUUCCAACCAGCACAUAUGUCAGCCCGUUGAUGAGUCCAGAUGCUGGUACCGGUACCAGUACCCCUCGCAAAUCGACAGCAUCGUCCCGUAUCAUCCUGACAACAUACCCCGGGCAAUCCGGUAUAAACCCCAUCGCCAUGGACUGGGGGAACCCGGACCCCAUCAAGCGGGGCCCUGUCGUAGUGAGCAGGCAUCCCAGCACUGUCAAGAGGAGAAACGGUUAG